AUGGCUUCAACUCCAGCCCUUACCAAUGUGGUGCCAAAUGCCGCCACAGACCCGGCAAUCUACGACAGCCAUCACCAGAAGUUCACCAGCGAGGGCCUCCCUACCUCAACUGAGGGCUGGCUCGAGCGAGCUCGUCAGGUUUCCGAGAUCCUCGCUGCCGAUGCUACAGCCCGCGAUAUCGAGAACAAGUCUCCCAGAGCCGAGGUCGCCCUGCUGAAGAGUGCGGGGCUGCUCAAGGUACUGGGCCCCAAGGCCUAUGGAGGAGGUGGUCAGACGUGGGACGUCGCGUACAAGGUCAUCAGGGAGGUGGCUAAGGGGGAUGGUAGUAUUGGUAUGCUGCUGGGAUAUCAUCUGCUUUGGUCUACAACCGCCAAUCUGGUGGGCAACAAUGAGCAGAAGGACAGGUUCCAGAAGCUGAUUAUCGAGAAUAACUACUUUGUUGGAGGCGCUGUCAAUGUCCGUGAUAAUGACACCAAGAUCACGGACCACGGAGACUAUCUAACCUUUGACGGCUUCAAGAACUUCAACACUGGGGGUGUGGUGUCCGACUUGACCGUCCUGGAAGGAGUAUAUUCGGGAACCGAGAACCACAUCUUCGCCCUCGUUCCCACUGUCCAAGAAGGGAUCCAAUUCGCGCACAACUGGAACAACGUCGGACUCCGCCUUACAGAAUCCGGCAGUGUCAAGAUCAGCGAGGUGAAGGUCCCCUGGGCCGACGCUCUGGGCUGGGAUCCCAAGACGCGCUCCCCCGACCCCGCCAUCCUCAGCAUCCCCUACGGCAGCCUCAUCCUCCCCACGAUCCAACUCGUCUUCUCCAACUUCUACCUCGGCAUCGCCCUCGGCGCGCUCGCCUUCGCCUCCAAAUACACGACGACGACGACGCGCGCCUGGCCCUUCGGCGGCGACAACAAGAACGCCGCCACGGAAGAAUUCUACAUCCUCGAACGCUACGGCAACUUCUUCGCGCACCUCCGCGCCGCCGAGGCGCUGGCCGACCGCGUCGGCCAGGAGCUCGCCAACGUGUACGCCAAGCACAGCGAGACGCGCAGCGUGACGGCGCGCGAGCGCGGCGACCUCGCCGAGUGGGUCGCCAGCGUCAAGGUGGUGACCACGGACACGGCGCUGCGCGUCACGGCGGGCGUGUUCGAAGUCACCGGCAGCCGGGCCACGUCGCGGAAGGUCGGCCUGGAUCGGUUCUGGCGGGAUGUGCGCACGCACACUCUACACGACCCUGUGGCGUACAAGAACAAGGAGCUCGGCGAGUAUUUACUAUUGAACAAGAUCCCGGAACCUUCUUGGUAUACAUGA